AGGGUAAAAAUGAACGUAGGAGUUGCCCACAGCGAGGUAAAUCCAAACACACGGGUGAUGAACAGUCGUGGAAUGUGGCUGACAUACGCACUCGGAGUUGGCAUGCUGCACAUUGUCUUGCUCAGCAUUCCUUUCUUUAGUGUCCCUGUCGCCUGGACUUUAACAAAUGUGAUUCACAACCUGGGAAUGUAUGUGUUUUUGCAUGCAGUAAAGGGAACUCCUUUUGAAACACCUGAUCAGGGGAAAGCUAGGCUACUAACACACUGGGAACAACUGGAUUAUGGAGUACAAUUUACAUCUUCAAGAAAAUUCUUCACGAUCUGUCCGAUAAUUCUGUACUUCCUGACAAGUUUCUAUACAAAGUAUGAUCCAACACACUUUAUCCUCAACACAACCUCUCUCCUGACCGUGCUUAUCCCCAAGCUGCCACAGCUGCAUGGCGUUCGACUCUUUGGCAUCAAUAAAUAUUAAGCAGAAGGUUUGACACUGACCGCCUCUGACAUGGCUACUGCUACUCCCCAGGUGGAGGAAACGAGUAGUCUGCUGUGCCAUGUAUCUAAUGGUAUUCAAUGAGAGAUGUUUUUACAUCUGCGAUAUAGUUCCUACUUCCUGCAGCAGUGUCUGGGAUGAAAGUUGAGUUUGUAAGAAGAUGUCUUCAAAUACUUAAAUGUGAAUCGGAAACCUCUAGAAGAAAGAUUUCCAUGAAGAACUGGGCGGGCCUAGCUCUAAAGUGUGAUCCCACUAAGACUGUAUGUAUGGCUGGCUGAUGCAAGUGACUUGUAAGGAAGGCGCAAGUUAACAGCUGAAAUGGAGAGCAGUGUUUCACAAAUACCCAGUCAGCCAUGAUGCAGAUGGUAACUUUACACAUAAAUCCAGGAUCCUUGAUGCAAAGGACUGGUGAGGCCGCAUUCUAGAUUAAGCGAAAGUAGCUAGUUUCUGUUGUAUGGAUUGUAGGUGGUUGUGCUUGUUACUGCAUUGUAAA